AUGAGUAGUCGUCCGGGGUACAUAAGCGAGCUUAAGGCUCCCCAAGUUGCAUUACCUGAUAUCGCCGAACACGGAAUCAAAGUCGUGGUCAACACCGGCGUCGCCGACACCAAACUGGCACACAAGCUAGUGACCCAGAUGGUCAGCGACAAAGGCCUCAACCUGAACAUUGCCUGGAUUGGGGGGACGAGGCUCUUGAUGCCAUUACCGAGCUACGGGGCACCAAGUCUUCUCGCUUUGAGAACAUAUGCACCGGCCAAAUCCUUGAUGACUGGCAAUUUGAGCCUUUGUACGCGCAGAGUUACUUGGGUCCUUUUGACCUAUGUCACUGGAGGCUGCUUUAGAGGGUUCAAGUCCUUGAAGGGCAAAUGGCAAUCAUUGGCAUCUCCCCUCGCAGAGAUCAGUGCCGCUGGGGAAGUUGUCAUCACCAAGCAGAAGAACACUCAGGGCAUUUUGACAGUCGACACAUGCACUGCACAACUUCUCUACGAGAUCCAAGCGCCGUACUACUACAACUCAGAUGUGACGGCAGUCAUCGAUCAGGCUGUAUUCACUCAGAUUGGUCCCGAUCGUGUAGCUCCCGCAGGAAUCAAGGCCUAUCUACCUCCUCCAACAACCAAAUUAGGUAUCACUGCCCAUGGGGAAUACUCAGUCGAAGUCCACUACGCUCUGGUCGGCUUAGAAAUUGAAGAAAAGGCCGCCAUGAUCGAAGAGCAGAUCCGCAAAUGUAUGGGGGACAGAGUCAACGACUACAGCGUUUUGCACUUCCAGACUGUCGGUCGCGCUCCCGACGAUCCGAACGAUCAAGAUACAGCUACGGUCGACUUCCGGAUCUUGGCUCAGGCACGAAAAGCCGAGGCUGUGAAUGCAGAGAACUUUCUAGGGAAAGAAGAAGACUCCUGUAAGCGUCCCUCUGGCUAA